AUGGUCCGCAUCGCAACCGCUCUCUUCGCCAUCGCUGGCAUUACAUCUGUUUUCACUGGGGUCGCCGCCAAUGUGGUACAUGAUGCGCGUUCCGCAGCUGCUGCACACAGCAAAAUGAUCAAAGUGCGGAACCACCUGGAUGCUCCCGUUCCAGCGUUGUCUAAGGAGGCCUCAAACGUGACGACGACUGCAGAAGAAGUUGUUCCAAGAGAUAAGGAUGGAAAAGAUUGGAAACGGGAUAGCAACUUCCGUUUCACGUAUUACAAAACCGGCGAAGGUGCUUGCGGGGGAUGGAACAAUGACGGAGACUACAUCGUCGCUCUGAACAGCGCUCAAUUCGGUAACGGCGAAAACUGCUGGAAGAAGAUCGGGAUCUGGAUCAACGGAAAACAGACAGAAGCACAAAUUGUAGACGAGUGCCCUGGUUGCCCGUACGGCGGACUUGACUUUUCUCCAGGCCUCUUCUCAUUCUUCUCAGACCUUGGUGUCGGCGUUCUCUAUGGUUCUUGGUGGUUCCAGUGA